AUGGAGGCCGCAGUGGCCAAGCAAGACGCGGAGAAGUUCGCGGAGCUGGUGCAGGCCAAGCUGUCAGGCAACAGGGCGGCUGCAGCCUCGUUGCUGCAGCAGGCCAUCAAGUGCUUGAACAAAGAGACUCCCGCUGACGUUCUGCCGGCGGAGGUGUUGGCAACUUUCCCAGGAACGUCGCUCAGCGCACCCAGGGGGCGGUAUGACAUGAUCUUCACCUCCACGGGCGUAACCUUCAGUGGAAAGACUCCGCUUGGGCCCAUCCGCUGGGACGCUGUACGCUACUUCCUCAAGCUGCCAAAGCUGGAAACCAACCGGACAGCCGGAACGGUGGCCAAAACCUACUGGCUGGUUCUAGUUCUGUCCCAGCCGCUGACCGUUGGCAAACAGGAGUGCCAGUGCAUUGCGCUGAAUGCCAACGGCACCAAGGCUCCGCAGUGCCCACCAGCUCUGCAGCCCGCGGGGGAAGAUCAGCGCUGCGCUGGCAUCCUGAAGGAUUUGGCGGCAGCAGGCGAGACGUCGGAGUACCUGGUGCUUUCGAAGUGUCUUGAAACCAUGAUCGGCGCGGACAAGGCCCUGUCGCCCGAGCCUGCGACUUGCGUGCUGGAGGCAGUUCAGGCCUGGAAAGGCGUUGAUGAAGGCGUCUUGUAUCCCCUCUCCGCGGGCCUGUGUUUCCUGCCCAAGCCCGCCGUCUUCUUACCGAUUGAGGACAUCUUCGACGCGGAGGCGGGCUCCAACUCGGGCCCGCGCGGAGGGGAGCUGAUCAUCCACCGGCUGAGCGAGAAGAAGCCCACUGUCUUCGGUAAUCUCGCAGGCGCCGACGGGCCAGCGCUCUUGGCUUACCUGGCCUCGGUUGUUCAGCGUCGCUCAGAGGAAGAUGACCCCGACUUCGAGGAUGAUGAUGAGGAAGAUCCAGACUUUGUCGCAGACGCCCCUCCUGCAAAGCGCCGGGUUGUGACCAGGAGCCAAACUCGUGGCACGGACGCCGUGCUGGUGGACCAAGUGGGCUGA